UGUCUUCAUACCAAAGAUGGUGGGAUUGUACAAGGAUCCCAAGGGAGAGACCAUCACCACACUGGGAACGAUUGGUCUUAAGGACAAGGUGGUGUCAGACGAUAAUGAGUUAACUGACGAACUACAGAUGCUUCGUCAAAAAGUUAUGACACUUGAAAAUGACCUCAAGAAAAAUGUGCCUGCAUGUGGAAAUGUUGUGGAUUGUAUUGUGCCUGGGAAAAGAAAGGUUGAACAAACCAAGAAAGAAAACACCCUUUAAAAAAAAGAAAUUAUUGUAACUGACUUUAUGUCGCUAGGACAUUCAUUAUUGGUAGCUAUUAUAGUACAAAAGGACACUAGAUGUGUG